AUGACGCUGUCAACCGCGAUCCGCAUAGCACCCUCACGCGCUGCCCGCGCCGUGAACCUCCUUCGCACCGUCCAAUUCACACACCCGUCCUCGUGUCCGUGCCAUGCCAAUCCCAACCACCACAACCAAACCCCCUCCACCAUCCACCAGGCCCGCCGACACCUCGCAACACCCGUCGACUAUUCGCAGCAGAAGGAAUAUGCGUUUGAGAUGGCCGCCUCCAGUGUACGCUUCGGACCGGGAUGCACGAAAGAAGUAGGCAUGGACUUCAAGAACAUGGGCUCCAAGCGCGUCAUGGUCGUCACCGAUCAGAAUGUACGCAAGCUCGAUGCAAUGAAGCAGGUUGUCGAGGGAUUGACAAGAGAGGGUGUUGAGUUUGAGGUGUAUGACAAGGUGAGGGUGGAGCCGAAGGACAGCAGCAUCAAGGAGGCGAUUGCGUUUGCGAAGCCGUGGAAGCCGGAUGCGUUUCUGGCGGUCGGUGGUGGUAGUGUGAUUGACACGGCCAAGUUGAUGAACCUGUACACCACGUUCCCUGACGCCGACUUCCUCGACUUUGUCAAUGCGCCUCUCGGCAAGGGUCUGCCCAUUCCCUCCAAGCUCUUCCCUCUCGUUGCCGUCCCUACGACCGCAGGAACAGGCUCGGAGACCACCGGCACCGCCAUCUUCGAUCUCGUGUCCAAGCGCGCAAAGACCGGCAUUGCUCACCGCAACCUCAAACCUACGCUCGGCAUAGUCGACCCUUUGAACACCCGCACCAUGCCCUCGGCUGUCCACGCGUCUUCAGGCCUCGACGUGCUCUGCCACUCUCUCGAGUCCUGGACCGCAAUCCCCUACUACGAACGCACUCCGCGACCGCAGAACCCCAUCAACCGCCCCGCGUACCAAGGCGCAAACCCCAUCUCCGACAUCUUCUCCCUCCAGGCGCUCCGCGACACGGUAAAGUACCUGCCGCGCGCCGUCAAAGACCCCGAAGACCACGAAGCACAGAGCCAGAUGCUGCUCGCGGCGACACUGGCCGGCGUGGGAUUCGGCAACGCAGGCGUGCAUCUGUGCCACGGCAUGUCGUACCCCAUCUCAGGCCAGAACCCGGGGUACAAGCACGCCGGCUACGCAGUCGACCACACCAUCAUCCCGCACGGCGUCUCGGUCGCCGUCACCGCGCCCGCCGUGUUCAAGUUCACGGGCGCAUCGAACCCCGAGAGGCAUCUGGCCGCGGCCGAGGCGUUUGGCGUCGACAUAUCAAACGUGAAGAGAGAGUCGGCGGGCGAGGUGCUCGGCGAGGCGCUGGCCGACUUUCUGGUCAAGCUGGGUGAUCAGCCGAGAGGGCUCAAGGCUUUGGGCUUCGGCAACGAACAUGUGGAUGGCUUGGUCGAGGGCACGAUUCCGCAGCAGAGAGUGCUGAUGCUCGCCCCGCAUUUGGAGACCGAGCUGGAUCAGCAGAGGGAGCAGUUGAGGCGGUUGUUUGAGGAGGCGCUGGAGUAUUAG